AUGUCGAAGCAGUGCUUUGCGUUGCACCUUCAGCAUGGAGAAUUGAAUUGGAUAUGCGCACACUGCGAGGCUCUGAUAGAGGAAUGUUCACGCAUUCUGAAAGGUGCCUUGGUAGGGGAUGUGACCACCAGUUCACUACUAACCUCCAAUACCCGCAAGCUGAGACCAGCAGCAAAGAAGGUAGAGGCGGUGAAGCCUGGCUUUAAACAUACUAUGAAGGAAAGCAAUGGAAAGGAGAAAAUCACGAGCACAACGGGAAAGAAACCACUCAAAGGGUCUACCGUUAAACCGUUGGCGUCGAUAGAGGUGACUGCACCUGUAGAACUUUUGGAGGAAGAUCUCCAAGAACUGCAACGCAGCACACAAUUGCUACUGGGUCGAACAAGAAACGUCUUACUGCAUAACUUUGCGGAGCCAUUGAUUCGCGAUACUAAGGCGCGACGAGAGGCGGAUCGCAAACACGUUCAAUACGCCAAUACGCCCUAA